AUUACACAGUUGUUUUUGUAGGAAUUAUAAUGGAGCUUGCUUUUCCGGUGGCGGUUGCAAUUUGCGCGACGGCGGCCUAUGCGGUGUGGUUCCUGCGGCUGCGUAGGGGGCUGCGGGGGCCGCGCGUGUGGCCGCUGGUCGGGAGCCUGCCGGGGCUCGUGCGGAACGCGGAGCGCAUGCACGAGUGGAUCGCCGGGAACCUGCAGGCGACGGGAGGGACGUACCAGACGUGCAUCUGCGCGGUGCCGGGGGUGGCGCGGCGCGCGGGGCUGGUGACCGUCACGUGCGAGCCGCGCAACCUGGAGCACGUGCUGAAGGCGCGGUUCGACAACUACCCGAAGGGCCCGACGUGGCACGCCGUGUUCGGGGACCUGCUCGGCGACGGCAUCUUCAACACCGACGGCGAGGCGUGGCUGCUGCAGCGCAAGACGGCGGCGCUCGAGUUCACCACGCGCACGCUCCGCCACGCCAUGUCGCGGUGGGUCUCGCGCUCCGUCCAUCUCCGCCUCCUCCCCAUAUUGGCCGACGCCGCCGACGCAAGGGCCCCCGUCGACCUCCAGGACCUGCUCCUGCGCCUCACCUUCGACAACAUCUGCGGCCUCGCCUUCGGCAGGGACCCGGAGACGCUCGCGCCGCCGCUGCGGGAGAAUGCGUUCGCUGCGGCGUUCGACCGGGCCACGGAGGCCACCCUCCGCCGCUUCAUAUUCCCGGAAUUCGUGUGGCGGUUCAAGAAGCUGUUCCGGCUGGGGAUGGAGUCCGCGCUCGCCGACGGCGUCGAGCACGUGGAGCGGUACCUCUCUGCCGUGAUCGAGGCACGCAGGCUCGAGCUCAAGUCCGGCGCCGAUCACGACGACCUUCUCUCCCGCUUCAUGAGGAAGGGCUCUUACUCUGACUCUUUCCUUCAAGAGGUGGCGCUCAAUUUUAUCCUCGCGGGUCGCGACACCUCCUCAGUCGCUUUAAGCUGGUUCUUCUGGCUCGUCUCCACCCACCCCGCCGUCGAGCGCCGCAUCCUCACGGAGCUCGCCUCCGUCCUCUCCGCCUCCCGCGGAANUGAGCCCAGCGCUUAG